AUGCUACUCAAGGAAUUGUUCCAACAAUUCUUUGAUAAUAAAGUUGUCGAGUUGGUUAAGCAAGAGAUUUCAGGUUUGAAACUUCAUGCAUACUUUCUCGGUCGAUCUCGUCUACAAGUGACGAACAAUUUUACAACAAUGGCAUGUCCAAAACCUAUGAAAGCUACAUCUAAUGGAAUAUUCCAAGGGGAUAAUCCAUUGGACUAUGCACUUCCUCUUGCGAUUGUACAAAUAUGUUUGGUGCUUGUACUUACUCGAGUCCUCGCCUAUAUUCUCCAUCCUCUAAGACAACCCCGCGUCAUUGCUGAGAUUAUUGGAGGGAUUCUACUUGGUCCAUCUGCACUUGGCAGGAACCUGAAGUAUCUGAAUGCAAUAUUUCCACCAAAGAGCCUCACAGUGUUGGAUACUUUAGCAAACUUUGGCCUCCUUUUCUUUCUUUUCCUUGUUGGGCUCGAGUUAGAUCCAAGGUCUCUUCGUCGUACUGGCAAGAAAGCUCUUAGUAUCGCCCUCGCGGGGAUUAGCCUUCCUUUUGGACUAGGAGUAGGUACUUCAUUCAUUCUUAGAGGAACUAUUGCUAAAGGUGUUAGUCAAGGCCCUUUUCUUGUCUUCAUGGGAGUAUCCCUUUCAAUCACUGCCUUCCCUGUCUUGGCGCGGAUUCUAGCUGAGUUAAAGCUCUUAACGACUGAUGUUGGUCGAAUGGCUAUGUCUGCUGCAGCCGUGAAUGACGUGGCUGCUUGGAUUCUACUUGCACUUGCUAUUGCCCUUUCAGGUACUGGUCAUUCACCUCUUAUUUCACUAUGGGUACUCUUGUGUGGGACGGGAUUUGUCCUGCUUUGCAUAGUCAUUGUUCCUCCGAUAUUCAACUGGUUGGCUAAACGUUGUCUUGAGGGUGAACCGGUUGAUGAGUUAUACAUCUGUGCUACACUUGGAGCCGUGCUGGUUGCAGGAUUCGUUACUGAUGCAAUUGGUAUUCAUGCCUUAUUCGGGGCUUUUGUGCUUGGAAUUCUUGUACCAAAGGAAGGGCCUUUUUCUGCUGCUCUGGUGGAAAAAGUUGAGGAUCUUGUUUCUGGUUUAUUCCUUCCAUUGUACUUCGUCUCCAGUGGACUGAAGACGAAUGUAGCUACUAUUCAAGGGGCACAAUCAUGGGGUCUUCUUGGUUUAGUCAUAUUCACAUCGUGUUUUGGAAAGAUUGUUGGCACUUUUUUGGUCUCGCUAUUGUGCAAAAUGCCUGUUCAGGAGGCUGUUACGCUUGGUUUCUUGAUGAACACUAAAGGUCUAGUGGAGCUUAUUGUCCUCAACAUUGGUAAAGAUAGAGGGGUACUGAAUGAUCAAACAUUUGCCAUCAUGGUUCUGAUGGCACUCUUCACAACGUUCAUCACGACCCCUAUAGUGGUAUCCAUGUAUAAGCCAGCUAAACUGGCUAUAACCAAGUACAAGAACAGAACGAUCGAGAGGAAAGACACGAGCAAAGAACUCCGAAUCAUGACCUGUUUCCAUAGCAAGAAGAACAUUCCCACAAUGAUCAAUCUCAUGGAGGCUUCUCGAGGUACUGCAAAGAAAGAAGGACUCCGCGUCUAUGCAAUGCAUCUUAUGGAGUUGUCUGAAAAAUCUUCAGCAAUUCUGAUGGUCCACAAGGCAAGAAAAAACGGAAUGCCCUUUUGGACAAAGGGAGGGGUAUCAGAUUCUAAUCAAAUUGUUGUUGCUUUCGAGAUGUUUGAGCAUCUCAAUAAGGUGUCUAUCCGACCUACAACUGCAAUCUCUCCGAUGAAUACCAUGCACGAGGACAUCAUUGCUGGUGCUGAGAGAAAGAGGGUCGAAAUGAUAAUUCUCCCGUUCCAUAAGCAUCAGAAGAUUGAUGGACAUUUGGAAACAACGAGAGCUGAUCUUAGGCAUGUGAACCGGAGAGUUCUUCAGCACGCACCUUGUUCAGUUGGUAUCUUGGUAGACCGAGGAUUUGGUGGUGCAUCUCAUGUAUCUGCUAGCAAUGUUGAUUUCAAAGUAACCAUCUUGUUCUUCGGGGGUCAUGAUGAUCGCGAAGCACUUGCUUAUGGUAUGCAUAUGGCAGAGCACCCUGGCAUUAACUUACUCGUGGUUCGUUUCCUAGUAGACCCUGAGGUUGCUGGAGGGAGUGUCACGUUAGAUAUGGACCAAACUUAUAGCACCGAGGCUCAAUCCAAGGAUGAAGAGUUGCUUACCGACUUAAAACACAAACUUUCUAAGAACAGGUCGAUCAAAUAUGAAGAGAAGUUAGUAAAGGACGUUGCAGGUACUACAGAAUUAAUUUGUGCAUAUAACCGAUGCAAUCUGUUUCUUGUGGGAAGAAUAUCUGAGGGUGAAGUUGCAGCAGCAUUGGAUAAAAAGAGUGAUUGUCCAGAAUUAGGUCCUUUAGGUAACUUGUUAACUUGUCCCGAAUUUUCAACUACAGCAUCAGUUUUGGUGGUGCAACAGUAUCGAAACGAGUUAUCUCAAGAUUCAAUCAAUUCCUUGAAGGAUGGAGAGUUAACAGAAGGAGAAAGUGAUUCAAACUAA